UGUAAAGAUUGCGGGGUGUGGGUGUGGGUGGCGGGGUUGUGGGGCGCGGCGCGCGCGGUCCCGGCCAGUAGCCGCCCGCCGCCGCGCCCGCUCGCUCGUCCCGGCACCCUCAGUGCUCCGCCACCGCCGCCGCCGCCGCCGCCGGCACAACAAACCUCCGGCCCGGCUCUCCUGACCUCCUCCUCUUCACACGACAAACACUUAGCGUCAGUAGCAAGCAAGGCUUGCCUUAGACGGGGCAGUACCCGUCAGCGCGUGGCGCCGCGGUGUAAGCAUGUUGGGCUCGGGCCCGGGAGCGACCUAGUCCCGCCCAGCAUGCGCGUGUGCGCGGUGACCGUGCUCGCGGCGCUGGCGCUGGCCGAGCCCAGCCCGUGGCGCGAGCGCGAGCGGGGCCUGGCCCGCGCGCGCCCCCUGCACGACCUGUUCGACGACGCGCCGCCCCCCCACGACAAGGAGCGCCGCCGCGCGCGCGCCUGGACCAAGCGCACGCCGCACAUACCCACCGAGAUCGCCAGCCAGAUGAUGCUGCGCGCCGCCCGAUCCGCCCGACCCUACGAUGUGCCGCAAAUAGAGUGUCCGCCGGCUGCUGACGGCAUGGAGCGGUUCGCGUGCCCGACGCCAGACCGCCAGGGCCGCUACCGCUGCAUCGACGACCACGUGCUGUGCGACGGGUUCAUCGACUGUCCCAACGGAGAGGACGAGGACCGGCAAGCCUGCAUGUUCUAUAAAACGACGAAGGCGCACCUGGACGUGUUGGCGGACGCUCUGCUGCGGUGGGCCCGCGGCCGCUAGGCCCCCCGCCCCCCGCCCCCCUCGCCCCACCAUCCACGUCCCACCUGAGGCCCCCACACACAUCGCGGGCCCCCGAGUGCAAACGAACUCUAUCCACAAGUCAAAUCUCGAUCGCAAGGCAAUAUUCGAUGCGGGUGAACACAAUGAAACAUAUCAAGUAGUGGUGCAUUCGAUGCUAAAGACAUGACCACUUAAAGUGUAGUGUAAGAUGCACGGUAGCAGUGCGCGCGCGCCGCUCGAUCGAGGAAUGACGCGGUCUCGUCCCCGUUCACCUCCGCAGAUGGUUUCGUUUACAAUAUUUCAUACCUUCUAGCACUUAUUAAACUAAAAUGUGAGACUGGUAGUCAACAUUGUUAGUCUGUAGCGUAUAUUAUACAUACAUAUUUUAGGAUUAUGAAUCUUCGUUUGACGAACAUCAAUUAUUUAUUUAUGAAUUUAUUUAACAUUCCAUUCGUAAUUAGUUAAUUGUAUUAUGGGUUGUAAGCCAUUGUUUAUUAACUCUACGAAGUAUGUACAUAGCGGUAUGUGUUAUUUUGUACCUAAUAUUCGGCCUAUUAUUUAGUUAGAACAGCCGCGGAGAUUAUGUUCCGUAAGUUACCGUUACUCUAAACAUUUAUUAAUAUUAUUGUUUCUUAAAUCUCAGAUAUAUUUAUAAAAAUACGCUUAUAUCUAUGAAGUAUUGAAUAUUUCAAUAUGAUUAUUAUUAUGAUGUUCACCUCAAAUUUAGGCAGCUAUUAUGUGUAAGUAAUGAAAUUAAUAACGGUUAUUUUCAUUGAAUUCCGUAGAUAUUUUGUACAGAAAUAGUUAUUAUUGUUAUCUCAUAAAUGAUCUACUGUUAGCAAAAGUUUAUAAAAGUAUUUUUAUUAUAAGUUUAGAGUUAUUUACUGUUGGUGUUGCUAUUGACUGUUAUUGUUUUCGUUAUACCGGAAAUAAAAUACCAAAGUAUUUGAUAUACCUAAGUAAUAAACAAUAUUGUGGAUUUAAAUUGAUAUUAUGAUAAUUGAAAUAGAAAAUUUUGAGAUUUAACAAAUACAACAUUUUACUGGAUCAUUUACCAGCCAUAGGUAGGACUCGCAGUGCAAAAGUGUACUGUCACAAAUACACACUAGAAUAGCCUUUAGAACCAUACUGUCACGUAGGUACCAUUCAAUUUGCAUAACUUUAAAUAAUUCCAGGAAUUCUCGAAGAAUCGAUAGUUGUAUACAUCACUUAUUGUUGUCAUCCGCAUAAGGUUAAUUAUUAAAAUACUUAUGUCUUAAAUAUAUUUAAAAAUCUUAAUAUAAGUGAGUGGGAAACAGAAGGAAAAUAUUUAUGAGUGAAGUAAUUAGACUUGAAAAGAUGGAAAAUAUAAAUUACUCAUUAGAAAUACUCAUUAUAGAUUUUAAUAAUUACUUAAAUAAAAAUUAAAGUACCUAUAAGAUAAUUGAAUGUUAAUUAUAUGAACAGUUGGUUAGAUAGCCGUCAUAAUUGGGCAGCAUUUACGUUAUUAAUUAUAAUUACUUUAGAUAUAGGUAAAAAUUCAAAAUAUAUUUAAUUACUUACAUAAAAAAAUGUUGGUAGAGCAAUAGUGUCAAGAAAUUAUUGCAACAUAUUCAUUACUUAUUUAUCAAAACUAAUAUUUAUGACAUUAUUAUGAUAAUCUAUUGUAGGUCUAAAGUAGUAUUGUUUAGAAUUAAUGCUUAAAAUUUUUUAUUAUUUAUUAGCGGAUGCAAGUUUAAGUGAUGGAAUGAUAAGUUUUCAUAGGGUCAACGAGGCAACGUCAAUGCAAAAUAUUAAAAAAGUAGAUUUGUCGAUUGUUCUGUAUAAAGUGAUUAGUUUUAUAGACAAAAGAAUAGUCGUCACAUUAGCUAAAUACCGCAGUGGUCUGUUAGAACAUUGUUCUUGAGCCACCAGACUCUAUGGUAUUUAGGGUACAUUCUUAUUAAUAUUUGCUUUGACGACACUCCUUUGAAAACGUAUCAUCGCCCGGAUAAUCAUAUAAACCUAAAUUUUACUAUCUCAAAUGACGGUACCAUCACAGGAAAAUUACUUUGAUGAUUGAUUGAUGAAAUUAUGACUCAUUUGAAAAAUAAAAACACAAU